CGGGAGGCGGAGGAGAUGGCCGCCGCCGCCGACGACCUCACCGACGCCGACUUCUUCGACAAGCUCGUGGACGACGACGACGACGGCACGCCCGCGCCACUGCCUGUGCCUGUGCCAGCCAAGGCGGGGCAGGAGCGCGCGGCACUGCCGGGGGUUGAGGAGCUGGUUCGGGGCGUCUCCGGCCUCGGCCUAGCGGACGGCGACGAGCCCGGGCCGUCGGCGUCGGCGGGGGAGGCCGUGGCCCCGCGGGCGGCUCCGGAGGGGUCGGGGAGGAGCGCCAGCGGCGUGCACACCACGGUCAAGCAGGUGCAGUGGGCCUCCUUCGGGGGCGACGACGGCGGGUUCGAUCCGUUCAGUGAUCUGUCGGGAGGCGCGGACGAGGCAGAGGCGUUCCUCGGCGGCGCGAACCAGAGCUCCGGCGCCGGGACCGUGGAUCAUGCCUUCUCCGGCGGGAACAAGAGCUUGGGGAGCCCCGUUGCGGCGAGCGUGGGGGCAUCGGAUCACGGCUUCUCCGGCGGGAGCCAGAGCUUGGCUGCUGAGGUGACCGAUCAGGACUUUUUCGGGGGAAGCUCGAGCUUGGAUCAGACCACCACGGGUGCGCAGCUCGGUAGUGGCGCCGCCGUGGACUCCACGGAUCCCAGGUAUUUGGAGAGCAUGUACCCUGGGUGGAAGUUCGACGACGCGACACAGCAGUGGUACCAGGUUGACGCUGCUCAGGUGGCUGGGUAUGCUGCUGCUCAGGUGGACAGCGGUAGUGAGAAUGUGCAGCAGUAUGGUGUUUCGUACUUGCAGAAUUCAGCGCAAGCGGCGCUGGAGACGAUUGCAGAGGAGAGCACCACCGCCGCGGCAGGCGCUUCAGAGUACCCGGCCAACAUGCUGUUCUACGCGGAGUACCCGGGGUGGUACUUCGAUACCAACACGCAGGAGUGGCAAUCGCUCGAGUCGUACCAGCAGGCCAUCGUCACGCAGGUAAAUGCUUCUAGUGCUGUUCAGGAUGGCGCAAACCAUGGCGGUAUUGCACCUUCUGAUGGGGUAAAUUAUAAUGCUAAACAGACCAAGGAUUUAGCUGUCCACAGUCAGGUGGCCCAGCAGAACGGUUUCACAAAUAGCUAUUGCCCUCAGAACCAGUGGCAGCCGGAUGCGUUUGCUAACAGUGUGCAGCCUGGAAGUGUCACCAAUAGCCUGGCAGGUAGUUUCUAUGGUUCUGAUGAGCAUGCACAGGCUGAAUCUUUCAGUUCCUCCACGAAUCCUCAGGUUGCUUUUAGCACAGCUGAAACUUCUACAAGUCAUUAUGGUAGCCUUCAGAAUGACUACAGCACAAUUGAUAGUCAACAAGCCAGUUACAAGGGAUUCGAACCUUCUACGGUUUACCAGCCCAGUCAAAAGGUGUCCCAGUCAUCCACAGGCAAUCAGGGCAGUUUCAAGGCAUUCGAACCUUCCACUGGUCACCACCUGGGUGAGAACAAGGGUUUUGCGCCUUCCACUGCUUACAAGGGAUUCACUCCAUCCACGAUUAAUCAGGCUGGUACAGACCAUCAUACUAAGGGAUUUGAACCGUCCUCAGGUCACCAGGCUGGCUACAUGGGAUCCCAACCUUCUACAGGUCAACAGGCUGGUUACAUGGGAUCCCAACCUUCUACAGAUCAACAGGCUGGUUACAUGGGAUCCCAACCUUCUACAGACCACCAGUCUAGUUACAUGGGAUUUGAAACUUCUACAAAACAGGGUUACGGUGCUGCCAAUGGUGUCAUCAAUACACAAGGCUUUGUUCCCAUGGGGAGUAUGUACAACAGCCAGAACCAAGCUCGUGCAAACACUCAAGCACACUUGUCUAACAGCUAUCUCGGUACUGACAACUCCAUGAACUUCUCUCAGCAACAAUUUAAUGGGACAAAUGCUUCACCAAUGCAAUUUGGUUACUCUCCGCAAGAAGCGAUGUCAUCGGCUGGACGCCCGCCUCAUGCUCUUGUUGCUUUUGGGUUUGGAGGGAAGCUUAUAGUUAUGAAAGAAACAAGCUCAAUGGCCACAAAUUUUAACAGUGCAAAUCAGGGGAGUUCUAGUGGAACAGUGUCGCUUCUCAAUUUAUCAGAGGUUGUUGGGGAUAAAGCUGAUGCUUCAAGGAUCACUGAUGGCAGUGCACUUAGUUACUUCCGUGUUUUAUGCCGUCAACCUGUUCCUGGUCCUCUUGUUGGUGGAAGUGCUGCAACAAAGGAUGUAAACAAAUGGCUUGAUGAGAUGAUUACAUGGUAUGAAUCUUCUACCAGUGAAUACGAGAGAGGUGAUCCUCGCAGGUUGCUUAUUUCGUUGCUGAAGAUACUGUGUCAGCACUAUGGAAAACUACGUGCACCUUUUGGAUCUGACCCAUCGCAAGAGGAUACAGAUGGUCCAGAGAUGGCAGUAACUAAGCUUUUUUCAUCUUGCAAGAGAAGUAAUGCUCAUAUGGGGGAUUUUGGAUCCAGUGUUCGUUUCAUGAAAAAUAUCCCCUCUGAAAGUCAGAUGCAGGCUGUUGCACAAGAGGUCCAAAAUCUUCUAGUAUCUGGAAGAAGAAAAGAGGCUCUUCUGUGUGCUCAGGAAGGUCAAUUGUGGGGACCCGCAGUCAUACUUGCUUUACAACUUGGUGAUCAGUUCUACGUGGAUACCGUGAAGAAAAUGGCUCACUGCCACUUUAUAUCUGGGUCACCUUUGCGAACAUUGUGCCUUCUCAUUGCCGGUCAACCUGCAGAUGUUUUUAAUGUAGAAAACACCAACUAUGAUACACAGGGUGCAUCCCAACAGCCUGUGCAGCCUAGUCCUAAUGCUAUGUUGGAUGACUGGGAAGAGAAUUUGGCUAUUAUAACUGCAAAUAGGACAAAAAGUGAUGACCUAGUCAUUACCCAUCUUGGAGAUUGCCUUUGGAAAGAGAGAAAUGAGGUUGCAGCUGCUCAUUCAUGCUACUUAGUUGCUGAACUAAAUAUUGACCCGUACUCUGAAAGUGCUCGGUUAUGUCUCAUUGGUGCAGACCACUUGAAAUGUCCUCGAACAUUUGCCAGCCCUGAAGCCAUUCAGAGGACAGAGGUUUAUGAGUAUACAAAGGUUCUUGGCAAUUCUCAGUAUAUCCUCCUACCCUUUCAGCCAUAUAAGCUAAUAUAUGCAUACAUGCUUGCGGAAGUGGGAAGGCUCGCUGACUCCUUGAGGUAUUGCCAAGCUUCUAUGAAGGUGCUGAAAGCUUCUGGCCGUGCUCCAGAAUUGGAAGCAUGGAAACAAUUAUUUUCCUCUCUGGAGGACAGGAUACGAACUCACCAGCAGGGUGGGUACGGAACGAAUCUAGCCCCUGCAAAACUAGUUGGAAAGCUAUUCACCUCGCUUGAUAAAUCUAUUUCCCGCAUGAUGGGCACACCGUCUGCGCCACUUCCACCAGUGCCACAGAGCACUGUUGGUGAUAGGGAGAUCUAUCCAGCACCUGCAGCUGCAAAAUUUGUAAACAGCCAAUCAGUAAUGACCAUGUCAUCAUUAGUUGCAUCCCCUUCAGUGCAUUCAAUAAGUGAGAUGGCAGAGAAUAAUGGUGGCGCUAGCAGGAAGAUCGCACACAACAGAAGUGUUUCUGAACCAGACUUCGGCAAAACACCGAAACAGGGUGCGCGAACGGAUAACACGCAGAGCAGUGCAUCAGGAUCAGGUAGUUCACGAUUUGGUUGGAUUGGCUCCACGCUGCAGAAGACAAUGGGAUUCGUUUCAAAAUCACGCCAGGCAAAAUUAGGGCAGCAGAACAAGUUUUACUAUGACGAAAAGCUGAAGCGAUGGGUAGAGGAAGGUGCUGAGAUUCCUGCCGAGGAGCCUCCUCUCCCUCCACCUCCAACCAAAUCCUCCUCAUAUCAGAAUGGCAUGCCAGACUAUAACUUAAAUGGCCCUGCUAGUGGAAUCCAUACUCCUAAUGGAGUGGCAGAACGUAGAUCUCCGAAACAUUUAGAUCAUGGUUUGGGAAUGCCACCAAUUCCACCCAGCCAGAACCAGUUCUCUGCUCGUGGACGAAUGGGUGUUCGGUCCAGAUAUGUGGACACAUUCAAUAAGGCUGGUGCAACCGGAGCAGCCCAGUCUUACAACAAACCGGCUGCUGCAUCUGUGACACCACCAACUGGUGCCAGGUUCUUCGUGCCAACUGCAGCCGCUGCUCCUUCCGAGCAGAUGCUGAGCCAAUCAGCAGAGACACGUGGUGAAACCUUCCACCAGGAUGAGAGUUCAUCCUCACCCCCAGCAGGAACAUCAUUUUCAUCACCCCCACCAACAGCACAAUUUUCAGCACCAAUGUCAUCUACCAUUCAGCGGUAUCCCAGCAUGGACAACAUUCCUAAUCCAAACCAGGCACCCUGGAUGUCCCCAGGAAGUAACAACAGCUCAUUGACACCAAGAUCGCGGGCAGCAUCAUGGAGUGGAACAUACUCUGACCAAUUUAGUGCUACGGCAGGCGCUAGAUCACCUGAAGGACCGAUGGUGCCUUCGCCGCUCAUGCCUGGCAGACCCUCGCAUAGUCGUUCCAACAGCAACUCAUCUGUGCAGUUCAAUGGUUUGACAGAGGAUCUUCAUGAGGUUGAGCUCUGACAGCGACGGGUGAUGUGACGGUCUGCAUGAUCGUCAUGGCCGCCAUGAUUCAGUCCACACAACCUCGGUAAACCGCGGUUCUUCCAGCAAAACGCAAGUAAGUUAAAAUGCGAAAGGAGCUGUUCACAGCGAAUCAAGUGAUUGCCAGCACAGAGAUGGACAUCUCCAAUUUUGAAUGGAACUCGGAGAAAACCGCUAAAACCGAAGUGUGCCAGACGCGUACUACAUACGUACAGUCUUGGUUUUUGAGUAUUUGUAGCUAUAUGUUGGUCAUUAUGUUUAUUUAGAGCAGAAGAAAGAGCCGGGCGUCCUUUUUUUUGUAUGUGAGAAAAAAAGCAGCAUCUGGAUGCCAUUGUACAGAUAAUCCGCCUCUACCCCAUUCAUUGUUCGAAGGUGCAAACGAGUUCACCCUCAAUUUUUUUUUAUUUUGUUUUACCUGGAGAAGAAUAGAGGAGAGAUAAUCUGUCUAUUCUAGUGUAAUAGAGAAGGAAAGCUUGACUACGUCGUAGAAAGUGUUGUUGUUAUAGUGUCUGUACUUGCUGCCAUACCGUGGUAUAUUAUUCUUUGGAGAUGUAUCAAUUCUUUUGCCCAUCUUGAAAUGCAUAAAAAGGCUCAUUGUUUCCCUGUGA